GAGAGUGGGUCAUCAGCUGCAGCAGUCAGGUGUGGUCGGCGGGGAGACAUUCCGACCGGAGCGGUGAUCUAGCGGACUCCGCCGGGACAAAAACAACGUCCUCCACAGAUCUAUGAACAUGACCCAGUGACAGGGCACCAGGUACACCCACGUGACCAAACACCUUUUAAACCUGGGCUAAAGAAGCAAGAAACAAGAACCCUCCUCAUGUCGUGAAACAGGGAACGGUUGACUUUUAACCCAACCACCAGAGGAACUGAAGUGAAAAUAAGGGAUCAGCUUAAAGGAACCUCAGCAGAUGUAACCACUACUGAACUGGAGUGAAAAAGAGGAACGUCUCAGUUUCUCACUUCUUUUUUCAAAAGGGAUGGAGUUAAAGAGUGAGCGGUGGAAGAGUUAAGGGCAGUAACUGGCAAUAACUGGAUUUAUGAUAAGCUGUCAAGUCACCCGUCCAUUUUGGCUGCCAGAGCGACAACCACAAAAUGCCAAAUCCCCCUAGCAUGGAGACUUGUAUGUGUUGCUUCAAGUGUUUCAAUAAAUAGACCUCUGUGAAGACAUUACAUUCAAUGUGGGACUGUAUCCAAAAGAGAAACGAAGGAGAGUCCACACUGCACUGACAGACCUGUGAAUGUGUAUGUAAAAAUCUAUGAUUCGUCUCAAGUCGGAAAUCCCCCGCUGGAGUGUCAUUGGGUGGAACUGGAACUAAGGUGGAACUGCGCGGCAGCUCUCGGCCAUCAAGCAUGAAUCAUAGAUGCAGAAAUCUCCAGAAACACUUCAUUUUCUGCUGCCUGCUGCUUUCACUGUGAAUCCAAAGAGAAUGAUGUGAACAUCUGAACUUAAACUCAGAGGAUAAACCACAACUUAAAAGUGCAGAGAUUCAACUGGAAUGUGCUCUUAUAUGCACGGGGAUGCCUACAAUUUUGGGAGAAACUCUUGUGCUACUAUGAGCUUGUAGCAUUAGGAGGAAAAACAAACAAAACAAGGGAAAUUAGGAAUAUUACCUUCUCCUAUGAAACUGAUUUUACUUGGAAAAACAGUAAGAGGCCUCCUGGAUGGCGGGGAAGGACUACAAUCAUCUCUUUAAGCUGCUCAUCAUUGGAGACUCCAAUGUGGGGAAAAGCAGCCUUCUGCUCCGCUUUGCAGACAACUCCUUCUCUGGCAGCUACAUCACCACCAUCGGUGUGGACUUUAAGAUCCGAACAGUUGACAUCGAUGGAGAGCGGGUUAAACUGCAGAUCUGGGACACAGCGGGGCAGGAGAGAUUUAGAACCAUCACAUCUACCUACUACAGAAACACCCACGGUGUCAUUAUUGUUUACGACGUGACAAAUCCAGAGUCAUUUGUAAAUGUUAAGAGGUGGUUAAAUGAAAUCUCCCAGAACUGUGACAACGUCUGCAAGAUCCUGGUGGGAAACAAAAAUGACGACCCUGCCAGAAAACAGGUGGAUACCCAGGAUGCUAUGCGUUUUGGGGAGUCGGUGGGAGUUCGGGUGUUCGAGACCAGUGCCAAAGAGAACAUAAACGUAGAAGAGAUGUUCAUGGCCUUUACCCACAUGGUGCUGCGGGCCAAGAAGCAGAGCCAGAACAGAGCCGAGAGGGAACGAGAGCGAGAGAAGGACACUGUCAACAUCAAUGCCCAGAGAGACCGAGACCGAAGAAAGAGAGGGAAGAAAUGCUGCUGAGCCCCAAACAGACGCCACAGCCACUCAUCGCUCAUCGCUUACACAAAAAGCAUUUAAACAAGAUUGGGAAAACGUGCCUUAGGAAAUAAAAGUGUUCUGUGUUUCAAACUGCAGAUCUGAAUGUUUGAAACUAUGCCGUUCACUAUUUACUAUGCUAGGUUACAAACCAACAGGCUGCAGGUUGUUCAGGUCGGUUGUGAAUGGAACAGAGGCAAAAGGAUUUACAGUCUGUUAGCACUGACUGUGUUCAGCAGCUUUGAGGUUAUGUAAGUUAAAGAUCAAGGAUCAUUCUUGUGUUUUUUUAGUUUUUAAGCCCAUUUAACUACAAAGCAGAUUUGCUGUAGUGUUUAAGAGUUUGGCUUCUCUGGCAGUGGGGCCUCAUGAUGGAGAGGUUGGUUGUUCCCUCCAAGACAUCUCUGCAGCUAACUGCCCAGAUCACCAUGAAAAUGCCUGUUAUUCAUGGUCCCCAUAAGAUGAAUUAGUGCGCAAACACAAGAAAUCUGUUGCCAUUGAAAUUACAACACAGACUCUUUUAGCCCAACUAGCUACUAUAAGGCUCUAAUAAUGGCUAAAUAUUGGUGUGUUUGUUACAGGGGUGCAACUAAUAGUUGUUUUUAUCAUCUUUGAACUGGCUGACUAUUUUCUUGAUUAAUAAUUUUGUCCAUAAAGCAUCAGUGAAAAAUGUCCAUCACAAUUUCCAGGAAGCCAAGGUGAUGCCAUUAGAUGUCUCUUUCUUUCUUUCUUUCUUUCUUUCUUUCUUUCUUUCUUUCUUUUAUUUUUUUUAUCAUACAUGCAGUCCAAAACUCAGACAUUUGGUUCAAGACAUUUCAACCAGUGUUAUGCCUAUAUUCAUGCUUGCCUGAGGAUGCAUCCUAAUAGUUUUGGUUAUCUCCAACCUUUCUUUGCUGCCAACAUUAAACUUUCAAAUUGAACACAAGAUAUCUUAAAAUUUAUUGGGCAGAUUAAUUUGAAUUUAGUGAGCUGCUUCUUCCAUAGAGGAUGAACCUCGGGACCCUGUCUUAAGUGCCAUUCUUGGGGCAAACUUCAGAUUUUUAGCCUGUCUGUAUUGUAUUUGUACUGUGGUGUGGGAUGAACUCCAUGACAUGUAGGGCCCACUGUCUUGUAAAAAAAAGUGUUUUCCCCCAUCCAGGCAGCCACCAGUUUUAGCUUAAACAUGAGAUCCUGCUUAAGGCAAUCCAUCACAGAACGUCAUGCAAAAGUGAAAAGUCUGCACUUUUUCCACAAACUAGUAUCAUAACAGAGCAGAUAUGAUGUAAAGUAACUCAAGUUUCAAGACACUGCAAAAUGAGUUUAGUAUUGUAGUGAUACAAAUAGAAUACAACUGCUGCCUGAAAGGCUGAUAAAAACAAAAAUCUGCUUUGAAAUAUAGUGGUGAGGUAUAAAGUGUAUGUGAUUGUGGUGAGUGAGCUAAAACAUGCAAAAAAAUCUGUUAUGGUCCUCUGACUUUGCACUAGUGAACCACUGUUAUGUGCCGAUGUUAGUAAUUUUGUUCUUUUUUUUUUAUACAGUUAACGCAUUUUACCACUGAAAGGGAACUGGUCGCAGUUGUUACUAAAUUGUAACCUUGACACACUAACUGGUGUGGUGAGUGCAGUCCAAUGUAUGUAUGCCUUAUUACAGUUAAAAUGAGGCCAGUAACAAUUCAAGAUACAAAAUGUGUGUAACCUCAACACAGUACAUACCCAAAAUGUUCAAGUCAUGAGUAUGUUGUUGUUUUUUUAAUAUAAAUCUCUGUUGCCUAGCAAAUGUGUCCAAAUCCAAAUAAAGCAAUAAAUCAAGA